AUGAGCGGUGUCCAAAAGGAUGAGGCUAUAGUCUUCAUUGAUGUGGGAAGAGGCGCUGACGAUCUGGUGGUGACGAUUCGCCGCGGUCUUUUCCCUGACUAUCUCCUCUGGAGCGAACUAAAGUCAAUUGGACCGCAAGCAACAAGUGCAGUUGUUGCUGCAGGGUGGAACUGCAGUGCGUUGGACAAGAUUGCGGAAUCAGUGCGGAAGGGACGUUUCCUUGAGGAGGAAUUGGAUCAACUUCGAGAAGAGGCCAAGGACAAACGUAAGCGGAUUUCUAUCCGUAAUCCCUCUGAUCCAGUUAGCAUCUUUGAAUGA